UCAUUGUAUUAUCUUACAGGACAGAAUUCAAUCUACCAAAAUGUUGAAGAACAUCGAAGAAAUCCUCUUCGCUUUGUCACCUCUUCAUGUUUCAAUAAUAGUCGUCCUGUUCACCAUCAUUUACUAUGUGUUAAAAAACAGAAAUUUACCUCCCGGACCAGUCGGAGUUCCUUACUUGGGAAUGUGGCCGUUUCUGGGUCACUAUACCGGACACAUCAAGCUUGAUGAGAUGAAGAAGAAAUAUGGUGACGUUUUCAGUUUUACAGUUACCGGACAAUUAUACAUCAAUCUCGGAACUGUGAAAGUUCUACGAGAGGCCCACGUAUCCAAAUCUGAUUGCUUCACUCUAAGACCAGUUGUGUUUUCCUUGAUGAAACACGCAUUUGAUGGAGGUCUUCCCUACCUCAACGGUGAGCCUUGGAAAGUUAUGCGAAAAUUCUUCGUUCAAACCUUCAAAGAAUAUGGCUUGACAGUUCAAAAGGAGGCUACUGCCGGUUCGUUAUACGACCAUUUAAACUCAACAGUAGAGACACUGCGUACAUCAAGUGAUGCGUCCAUCGGCGUCAUAGAAUUCUUUACCGAGAGGAUCAUGAAUAUUAUGCACGGAUUGGUUUUGAACAACGAUGCGUUAACAAAGGAAGAUUACAGAGAAUUCAUCAAACAUUACGUAACUUUGUUUGAAAACAUGUCGCCAAUUGACAACUUAAUGACCGGAUUUUUCGCCAAGAGAAUCAUUAUUCCACUCCGUCCUGCUUAUACAAAAAGUGUCGCUGGCAUGGAGACGCUGACCUACAGAAUGAUUGACCGAAGAGAAUCGACCUUCGAUCCAAGCAACGUUCGGGACAUUAUUGACUACUUCUUGACAGAAAGGAAUGAACGGAGGAGCAAAGGAGAUCCUACAGCCGAGCAUUUUACAAGAAAGGUUUUGAUGGCAACUCUUCUGCAAAUCAUGGGAGACGGAGUGCUGGGAGUCACGCACCUCAUCGCUACUUUUGUGUACCUGACCGCUUCAUAUCCGGAAGAGCAAGAGAAAGUUUACAAGGAGCUGAUUGAUGUUAUUGGUCACAACAGGCAACCUGCAUUGGAGGACAAAAGCAAACUACCAUAUACCAACGCCUUCAUAUAUGAAGUUCUCAGAAUGUCUAAUAUCUUCCCGAUAUUUCCUAGCCUCGAAUGCACAAAGGAUACAACAAUCAAUGGUUACAGAAUCCCGAAAGGAGCAAUAACAUUGAUGAAUGCGUAUUCUUCUCAUAAAGAUCCAGAAAGCUAUGAAAGCCCAGACGAGUUCAGGCCUUCUCGAUUUAUUGCCACUCCCGACAAACCCAGAGCAGAUUUGCCGAUUACCUUCGGCGCUGGAAAACGCGCUUGUGCUGGAGAAGGGUUUGCCUUGACUCAAGCUUUCAUGUUCUUGGUAACGAUAGUUAAAAACUUUGAAGUUUCAUUACCAGAAGAUGCCGCUCCAAUUUCCGACCCGAUGGAAAUGAGAGUUGUAUUUAAAGAAAGAAUUCAACAGCAAUAAACUUCACAAUUCUCCCUACGAAUACAGAGACAUAGUCUUAUAAUCUUACGUCAUAAUUCAUGCUGUUUUAUUUUAUAUGUUUUGAUAAUUUGUAUCAUUUUUAUAAUAAAUUAGU